GCCUAGGUGGCACCCGCAUAUCUUUCAACACACUGCCUCUUACUUCAUCGCCUUUGAUCUCGCAAUUCAUCAAUCAUGGUAAAUGCCACCCGAAAACUAACCCAGUCCGGUCAUCCUCACGAUGAACCGGAUCUGCAGUCUCUGAGUGGUAAUUUGCCUCCCAUGAUCGACGAUGAGCCCGAGCAGAUUGUGUACGCCUUUGAGACUGGUCUGAAGUCUAUUUCUCAUCAAACCUCUUCUUCAGUAUCAGUUCAUGAGGCGGCACAAGUGUUUUUCACCAAGAUCCAAACAAUUCUACCGUUAUCUACGGACAAGAACCGUAAUGCCUUUUUUUUCGAGAACUUGGCCUCGAUCUUCAUGUGCAUUGCUCAGCAGACCCCAAGUCGGAACAUCGGCCAGGAAUUGCUCGUCGGAACUGUCAGGCUGAUGACUGAGUCGCCGGAGGAGACAUGGCGGGAAGGGUUUCUAGUAGCACAGAAGAUAAGAAUGAGGGACGGCUGGUGUGGAUUCACUUUGGAGGAAGGUCAUGAGGCGGACGAGGUCCUGAGUCCCGAUGAGUGGCUCAACCUCAAUUCUUUCAAUGCCCGUCUGUUCGGAUCUGGGCUGAAUCGGUGGAUAAACUUUCCCAUAUGGCAGCUAAGAGAAGGCCUAGAAGACCGUUUCGGUGCCGAUGCAGACGAAAAUGACUGCAAGGUCGCAGUCGCCUGCGAGUGGGUCAUCCAGGCCGGGCGAAGAAUUCUUUACGAAACCCUCCAAAAUCAAGAGUACGACAAAGCAGAGAAGAGAUCGUACCGUGGCCUUAACUUAUUCACUGGUUAUCCAGGCUUGAACACUGAGAGAUGGGGAUUCUGGAAGCGGCGUCUUGAUGAAGUUAAGCCGGAAGUUAAGACUCAGCUCACGUUAAGAUACGUCGAAGACGCGAAGAGAGCAAUGAAGACUAUUGAAAAGGAUUCAGCUAGUAGAGCCUUAGGCUAA